UAAUACAAUCAUCAUCCAUUUAUCUUUCUAAAACAUCUACGAAACUGUGGCUGUGUACAGUGGGGCAAAUACGCGAAGCUAUUUUUGAAACCCUAUUCAUCGAGCACGUGGUGACCAAACCCGCGAAACUUGACUUGUGUGAUGGCCAGCAAAGAAAAAUUUUCAAAAGAAAAAAUAUACAGUAAAAUAGUUAAUGAAGAUUUUGAUAAGCUGUCUACCACCUUUCUGUCAACUGGUCGCGGCAGACGUCCGAACCUUCCACAGCUGAAGACAACAUGUAGACUACUGUUGCAACUUUACUAUUGCAAAAAUGACAAGUCGUGGGACGAACUGACAGGGUUUGCACAAAAAAUCAUAAACUUAUCCAAAGAGAGAUUACGAUAUGUUAUUGAAACAACGUUUAAACGUGCAUGUGCAUUAAUUGAUGGUGAGGAAGAGCAUUUCACACUUUUUCUCGAGGAAGAAUUGGCCUUUAUAGGAAUUCAGCUAAAGUCGGCUGGAGUAACCAGAGAACAGCUGCUCAAUGUGCCUGUUCCAGUUCCGGUACCUAUUGGCCUUACCAAUGGGAUUCUUAUUGAACUUGACAAGUUUAGAAAAGAUGAGGAUUUAUCUUCCUCCUGGAUGCAUGAAGCUGUGCAAGCACUUACCGGUAAUAUCCAAUGUGACAGAAAGACACUGACAAAAGACUUAACCAAGAUACUAUGUGAAUUCAAAAAGAAAUCAAAAAAUAAAUCCAGGGACAGAUGUCAGUUAGAAAAUUUCCUGCUUGUUGAUUAUGUUUGCCCGAAACAGGUUUCUGUAUUAGAAACAUUGGUGCAAGAUAUUAAUGGUGAUGUUUGCCAAGUAUCGGUACAAGAAAGUGUUGUUGACAAUCCUAAGAAACGGUUUCGGGAAAAUUCUGCAAUUUCGUGUGACACUCCUCAUACUGAAGCUGUGAAACUCAGAAAAUUAAGGGGUGAUAUAGAAGCACUAGAGAAGUCCCUUACUGCAGAAAAGGCCACUGGACAUACUUUGCAACAGCUUGUUGAAGAAAAGAAUGUAAAGAUUGCAUCUUUAACAGAAAGAAAAGAUGUUGAAAUUUGUGAACUGCUAGCAUCAAAACAUAAAAUUCAAGCUUCACUUGAUGAAACAAAAAAAACAACUGAAUGAAUUGAAAUGCUCGUCACAAAAACAUGUUGAUACUCUAUCAAAGCUCAGACAUUCAGCCUACUACAAAAGACUUAAACGCAAAGAAUGCAAACUUCAGAAGGAUGAACUCGAUUUACAAAAGCGGGUGAAUGAUGAAGUAAGUGAGGCUAACAAAUCGAAAAGGGCGAAAAUUCGCUCUUUGCAAUCACAGUUAUCGAAUGCCACAGUACAGCUGAAGCUAGAAAGAAAAGAGAAGAAAACGCUUAAACAAAAAAUUGAACAGCUGAAAAGAGAGUUGUUAGAUAUUCAAGUACAGCAGCAAGAUAUCAAGUGUGUCCUCAAAACAAGAGAAGAUAAUAAGAAGUUUACUAAAGAUGUAGUGAAGUGUGUAAUUUCAUUGAUAGGUGAUGCAGAAGUUUCUGCAAAGAACUGUGCGCAUGUUAUACAAGUUGUAUGCAAACAUCUUUUUGACAUCCAGGUGACAGACAUUGAAUUGCCUUCAGAGCGAUCAUCGCUGAGAUUUGCAGACCAAGGCCACAUCUUGGCAAAACAUCAGGUGGCAGAAUCCCUUCUGAAAUCAACCAAUGCUGAUCUGCAUAGUGAUGGGACCACAAAAGACCAUCAAAAAUAUGUUGGCCAUCAGUUGACAACAGACAGUGGACAAUCUCUCUCUUGUGGUUUUGUCCCAGUAUGCCAUGAAGAUACAUCUACUUUAGUAGAUAUUGCAUUUGGACUGUUGCAGGAAUUAGCUGAUAUUUACGAUACAAAAGAGGCAGACCAAAUAUUUAAGACCAUGCUGAA